UUUGAGUGAUAGAAAUAUAUAGAGUGCGCUGGAGGCUUCGUGCAGUCGACUUUGUGUUGAGUGAUGAGUAUCAGUGUUAAGGUUACCAUUGAUGGAGUUGGGGAGACUUGCCUUGUGCAGGUUAAAAGUUUUGAGAGUGUUGCUGCUGUUAUCAAUGGUUUGAAGAAGCCAAGUUGUGAAAUCAAUGGGCAAAGUAAAAAGCCAGUCAAGAUGGGUCUCUAUUGGCCAGACAAGAAAGAGCAAUAUUUUGCAUGUUAUAUUUAGCUGUUGUGUGGUAUCUCAGAAUAGCACACGUGCAUGGUAUUUGUUUGUAUUACAGAGAUGGCUCGAUGAUGGCAGUUUGGUGUGUGAUACUGAGAUCAAAGAUGGGACAAUACUCGAGUUGAAAUCGAGACAACAAAUCGUCAGGAUUCGAUUUCUUGAUGGGUCGUCCAAGAUGCUGUGGAUCGAUUCGGCAAACCCUGUUAGACAAGUCGUGUCCGAAAUCUGCGAGGAGCUUGGAAUGACUUGGGCGGACGAGAUGUCACUAGUCGUAGCCGGAGAUUACUCAUUCACAGGAAGGUCUCCCAAACCCGUGUCACCUUGCUACCAGGGCAGUCUCUCUCCUUCAAGGGCAAGGCAGCUACUGGGAUCCCAACGCCGAAUGACUCUGGAAACACCAUCUCCACCCGCAUCGCCCAAAUCUCCCUCUCAACGAAGACGACUACUUGCGUUGGACAGUGACCAGAAAAACGAGUCUCCAUUGACUCCGAAGUCGUCAAUGAGCCUAUCGAGACUCUCAGUCAGCAGGAGUAGAUCGCCCUCGUUGUCGCCAUUACCAUCACCAUCACUGUCACCAUCGGUGAAAUCAUGGUCACCAAACUUUCUGUUCAGAAAGAAACCAACAGUGAAAAAGUGGUGUAGAUAUUGCUUACGACAUCAGUUGAGGUUGGACACACCUUGGCUCGAUCCAAACAAGACAUUACUGGAACAGGACGUCGAAGAAGACGAUGAGCUGAUACUUAUGUUUCGAUUCUUUUACAACAACACACUGACAAAAGGUUCAAGGGAAGUCGCCAUGCUCUACAGUCAAGCCAAAGCUGCUUUUCUUAAUGGAGAGAUCGCUUGCUCCUGUGAGGUCACGUCGAAGUUUGCAGCAUUGGAGUUGCAAAUCCGGCAAGGAAAUUGCCAAGAACCAUUUACAGACGAGUCAAUCGUAGCAGUGAAACCACCCGUCAUUCCCAAACGGGCCGGAAUUAAAGAAUUCUCACCAGUCAUACUGUCCCACUACAAGCAGUUGUAUGAUGUCAGCGCGACGGAUGCAAUAGCGAUGUUUGUGCAAUUGUGGUCAACACUGCCCACAUUCGGGAUCGAGUUCUUGUCGUGUGCUGAAAUGUCGAGCAAACGGAAAGGCCUCGUUGGCGUCUCGAAAGACAAAAUUGUUUUUAUUGAUCACGACACAAAGAAGCUCACCCUAUCGUGGCCGUUUUCAUCCCUCGUCAAGUGGACUCACGACCCACAGACGUCGAUAGUUGUUCUUUCUUUUCCGAGCACCGAGCUUUGUGUUUUGAUUCCCGGCUACUCGGAUGUGCUCAGCGAUUGCCUAUCAGAGCACAAACGGCUUCAUGAUAUAUUCGCUAGCGAGAUGGAAUCUCUCGAUCCAGAUCCGGCAUCUCAUUACAUAAUUAUGACAGACUCGGGCUUAUCACUAGAAACGUUUUCGACAACAACAAACAGCACAACGGAUAGAACAAACGUCUUGUCAUUUCAUGACAUGUUUUGGGCAGCCGAUAUUGCCAACCCAUUGGUUAGUUCCGAGGAAUUGGAUGAGAUGAAGAAAGGUAGCUGGGAAAACCCAGCAUUUGCCGACAUCCAACAAGUUGUGGAGGAUAGAUUCGCUUUUCUUGACAAAGCUCUCGAGAGCUGUCUGGAUGACAACAAUGAAAAUAACUGAUAUUGAUUAAUAUGGCCAGAUGUACAUGGUUGGAAAUGUAAACCGACUGUACACGCAAUGUCAUUCAUUCGUGGGUUUUGUGAUGUUUAUAUCAAUCCUAUUUUAAGAAUUUCUAGCAAGUAAAUAUUGCCUGGCUGUCUGCCUGGGCACGUCACUACUAUACUGUGGUCUUACUGUAGUUUUUGACUCUCGAGUAUCAAUAUUAAUUGCUUAACUGGU